CUGGAACACGUUGAUAUCCACUUCGGAGACCCAACCGUCCUGCAUGCUCUCGCCAUGUCCGGCUUUCCGCGCAGAAUCGCCCACCUCCACAUCGAUCCGAAAUCCCUAGAGGCUACUUCGCUCGAGUACAUGCAAGGGCUCGCUUCAUGCGCGCCUUGCGUCCGGGCAAUUAACGUAGGCGAACCGGGUAGUCGACCCCAUAACCGGAGCUACUCUCCGCAAUACCGCGUCGCUCGCCUCCUUCGGAUUCUGACCGACGUUGAAAGCGUCCGUCUCUUCGGAUGUGCAUUAAGCCCUCGAUUGCGCGUGUGCAAUGCAUGCAGUGCCGAGUUCUACAUGAUCUCAACGACUCCAUAUCAGCAGCUCACGGCUGUUAACCUAAACGGCGUAUACGUUAGCGGCGGGCGCUUACGGCGCUUUGUCAAUGACAACGCGCGGACGCUCACUACCUUCGGCGUCAAGUUCGUCCACCUAACAGACGGGACCUGGAAGUCAAUCUUCGCAGGACUGAAAAAGGUCGGCGGCUUGACUUCGCUCGACCUGUUCCAUAUCUGCCAGAAACACGGGGUCCGGCAGGCUCUGCCCGUCCCCAUAGGUUGGGAAACCACUUAUCGUCACAAAGUAGUCGGCGGUGAUAAGGUGUCUGAGUUUCUUCAAGUGGCUAUCGACCACUUUCAGGCCUGUUCCAAUAGGAGUGCGAUUGCCUGUCCAAUACCGAAAUACUACGACGUCCCACUUUUGUUCAAAUCGCUGGUAGGUCAACCGUGCUCGGAAUGCGAUGACCGAUUGAAACGAUACGCCGAGUUGACCUAGACGGGCGCGAGAGCUCUGGUGAAAAAAAGAUACACUAGCUACAGCUGAAAAUGUAACUGCCGAGAGUAAAAGAGCUUGAAACCUGCAUAUUUGUCACCAUGUAUCAAAUAAUAGGGUAGAACUACUUCGAGGGCCAG